GGGUUAGCUCCAGGCUCCGCCCCCCUGCGUGUUCCCCAGAUCUCCCAGCUCUCUGAUCCACUCAGCAGUUCGGAGCUCCGAGGCCCCCGGAGAGCAGAGAUGUUUACCUGCAGAGCGGCCUGGCAGCGGUGUGGGCCCCUGGCCCGGAGAGCGGCCUACAGGAGGCCCCUGGACGGCGUGCAGCGGCGGCCCAUGUCGUCAGUCCCUGGCGGUUCCGGGGAGAACAUCCUGUACACCGUGCUGUGUGGCGGAGCGCUGGUCGGCGCGCUGUCCUACGGAUAUCUGACCGUCACCUCGGACCAUGCCAGGUUCAACGAGCGCAUCAGUGAAAUUAGAGCCCGGCCAAAGACGGACUGGACCCCUAAACCCUGGCCGCCUAAAGGAAAAGAUGAAGAUGAAGAUGUAGAGGCUGAAGCUGAGGAAGAGGAGGCCGCUGCUGAGGCAGAGGCCGUAGUGGAGGAAGCAGCUGAGGCUGAGGCCGCUGAGGCGGUCGCUGAGGCUGAGGCCGCUGAGGCGGUCGCUGAGGCUGACGCCCAGGUGACACAGGAAGCGGAGGCAGCUGCAGAGGAAGUGGCCGAGGCGGUGGAAGACGCCGCUCAGGCCGUGGCGGAACCCGCCGAGGCCGGCGCCGAGGAGACCCAAAGCGAUGUGCCACUAGCAGCUGCCUCUGCAUUAGAGUUACUGAAGAAAGGUGAAGGUGAAGAUGACUUUACACCUGCUGAUCAAGAGCCCCUAUCUCAAGCAGUGGAGAAGCCUGUUGAAGAAAUGGCCCUUGCUUCUGCAGAGGAUCCUGUACCAGUGGAGGUUGCAUCAGUUCUUGAGGAGUCACCUGCCCCCUCGGAGAUCGCACCGGUCAUAAAGGAGACCCCAGCAUUAACAUUGGUUGAGCCAGAUGUGGAGGAGCCCUCUGCACCUGUAGAGGUUGUGUCAGUUGUCAAGGAGGUCCCUGAACCCAUAGAGGUUGUGCCAGGUGCUGAGGAGGACCCAGCACCCGCAGAGGAUGCACCGGUUAUCAAGAUGCCCCCCUUACCAGAAGAAGUUGUACCAGUUGCUGAGAAUGCAUCUUCUCCAGAGGAAGUUGUGCCAGUUGCCAUGGAAGCCCCUGGACCUGUAGAGGUUUCACCAAUUGAAAAGGAGACCCCUUCAGCAGAUGAGGUUGCCCCAGUUGUUGGGGAGGCUCCAGAACCUGAAGAGGUUGCGCCAGUUGUAGGAGAGGCCCCUGCACCAGAAGAGGUUGUGCCAGUUGUCGGGGAGGUCCCUGCACCAGAAGAGGUUGCACCAGAGGCCAUUGAAGCCCCUACACCUAUAGAGAUCAUAGCAGGUGUUGAAGAGUCCUCUGCUCCAAAAGAAGUUGUGCCAGUUGUUGAGGUGCCCCCUGCACCAGAAGAGGUUGCACCAAUUGUCAUUGAAGAAGAUGCACACAUAGAGGUUUCGCCUGUUAUGGUGGAGGCCACUUCACCAGAAGAAGUUGUUCCAGAUGUCAAGGAGGCCAUUGCACCCAUAGAGGUUCCAUCAAUUGUUGAAGAGGCCCUUGAACCAGAAGAAGUUCUGCUGGUUGUUGAGGUGGCCUCUUUAUCUGUAGAGGUUGCAUCAAUCGUUGAGGAGGCCCUUGACCCAGAAGAUGUUGCACCUGUUGUCAUGGAAGCCCCUGCAUCUGUAGAGAUACUACCUGUUGUUGAGGAGGUUCCUUCACCAGAAGAAGUUGUGUCAGGUGUAAAGGAGGCCUCUGCACCUGUCGAGGUGGCACCAGUUAUGCAGGAGACCCCAACGUUUUUAGAAAGCACUGACAAAGAAUAUAUCGUAGUUGUCCUUGAAGGAACACCUAAAGAGGAGAAAAGACCCAAGGUACUGGGAAUUGGUCCCAUGACUGGUAGAAUCAUCCUGGCUCCAGAAAAUGAAUCUGGACCCACCUCUGAGUAAAGCUCUCCCAACUGAUGGCCUCCAGUCCUGCAGUAGAAGACGGAGGAUGUGCCUUUCUCCUUCACUUCAUCCGUUAGCUUACAUCACUUUAAGAGCCGCUGCUACGUUGAGCCCGUCACUCUGAAACACCACAUGUAUGAGAAUAUUUAGUGUUUUAUUUCUGAGAAUUUCCAGGAACAUUUCCUCACUCUGUUUACAGCUUUAGACUAAACUGAGCCUCUCCAUCCUCCCUGAUCCUUACUGUUACAGCUUACUUCUAAGAAAUCACUCCAGAGGAGCGUGCCCAUGUGUUGCAUCUCCUCCAAACCCUGCCGCCUCAGUAUUAGCUCUCCAAAUGAGCGGCACUCUGUUACAAUCACCUCCUUCUGGUUCAAGCUUGAAUAACUGGAAACUCUGACAUUAUUUCCACUUGUUUUCUUCUACCUCACUUUUUUCCUCAUGUAUUUGAUGCUAAAAUCACCCCAUCGCCCUGAUGCACUCCAUUCGAUGUUAGCAGCCAAACCACCGACUCUUUAGAAUCACGCUGAGCACAUGGUUGUAGAACCGUCAGCAGCAGGUUUACCUUUAUUGUCACUUAUCAAUAUUCAGUUUAAGCAAAGCUUCAAAAAUGUUUUGGCCACAGGUUAAGUUAGAGAAGGGAAAUUAUGACGGGAUCGUUGUCUGCGUCAGACAAUCAGCAGCAUUUCUAUGGUAAACCUGCACGCUCUAGAAAUGUAGCUCUUUGACUGGUGUCCUAAUGCUAAUACUCCUCUGGGAAUGAGAAGGGAAAAUAAAGCAGCAUCUUGUGUGUUUUUGUCCUCUUUGUUUCUUUGCUUUCCUCCAGAACACCUACUGUAUGUUUGGUCUUAAUGGUGAUAAUGGUGUGUCUGAAGGAAGGCCUCCAAUGUGAACCAGCUUUGACGGCUCUGUUGCUCUCCUCUUCCUUUCUGAAAUCCUUUCUUUAGCCCCAGGGAUCACAGAAACCAAACUGUUAGACUCUGUGUUAAUUAAGACAGGUUUCUGUCUUAGGAUCUAAGUAGUCGCCAUUGAACAGCAGAUACUGUGAAACUUUUCCCUUGUUUUACCAAAUAAAGAACUUGAAAAGAGAA